AUGUUCGGUCGCAUUGGAGGGCAAACGCUUCGUUCAGCUUGGCGUCACCCAGUUGCUCGUCAGAAACUAUGCGCCCGCAAGUUCUCUGCGCAGUCGGGUCCGGGGGCUGCAACUGCUGCACCCGCUCCUUCGCCGUUAGCAGGAAUCACUGCGGAGUUAGACCGAAUCGCGCCCCGAUUUGAGGUGCCUGCGUCUCAGAUUCAUAUUGUUGACUCUCCGGCCAAUUUCUACUCGACAUUGAAGAACAAAAUCCGCAAUGCUAAGCGGCGCAUUUAUCUCUCUACCUUGUAUAUCGGAAAGACAGAACACGAUCUUGUCGAUACCUUGAGCCAAGCUCUUCGCGAUAACCCGGAUCUCAAGGUCUCUAUUCUCACGGACGCUUUGCGCGGCACACGAGAGACCCCGAACCCUUCAUGCGCCUCGCUUCUUUGCUCGUUGGUCGAAGAGCAUGGACCCGAACGAGUCGAGAUUCGGAUGUUUCAUACUCCCAAUUUGACGGGUCUGAGAAAGAAAUACAUCCCAGCCCGCAUCAAUGAGGGCUGGGGCUUGCAGCAUAUGAAGUUGUACGGUAUCGACGACGAGAUCAUUCUAUCAGGAGCAAACCUAUCAGAGGAAUACUUCACCAGCCGCCUAGAUCGGUACCAUGUCUUCGACUCCGAGGUACUCACCGAAUAUUACGCCCGAAUCCACCAUGCAAUCUGUAGCUUGAGCUUCCGCAUCCUGCCAGACCCUGAAACCCCAUCCAGCUAUAUCAUGGAGUGGCCUUCCACAAACAAAGCCCCUUCACCUCUAGAUGACCCUCUGGACUUCAUUGCAUCUUCUUCGGCAUUCUUGACCCCGCUCAUUCAGGCUUCCGACAACAAGCCCGCAAUUUCAUCCGGAUCAAGUCAAACAUACGUCUACCCUGUAUCGCAGUUCACCUCUAUCCUGCAACCGCAAGAUACCUCUACAGAAUAUCCAGCCGUGACGACAAUCCUAGGCCUCCUAUCCACUUCAUCAGUAUUUGCCGGUGCUCGCUGGCUCUUCACAGCAGGAUACUUCAACAUCCACCCCGUCCUUUCCUCCCUCCUCAUUGCAAGCACAACCACACCCUCGAAGACUCCCACCUCCACACAAGGGACCGUCUUAACAGCCUCCCCGUGGGCAAACGGAUUCUUCGGCUCCUCCGGUAUCUCCGGUAUGCUGCCAGCCGCAUACACCCACCUUGCCGGCCGCUUCCUGGACCGCGUCGGCGCAGCAGGAGCCACCGACGCCAUUCAGCUGAAGGAAUGGCGCAAGGGUACUGUUGGUACACCGGGCGGGUGGACCUACCAUGCCAAAGGUCUGUGGGUCACGCUGCCGCGCGAGGAACACCCCAGUCUCACCUUUGUGGGCAGCAGCAACUACACGAAGCGCAGCUACAGCCUGGACCUUGAGUCCGGUGCGGUUGUCGUGACGAAUGACCCCGAGCUGAAGCGUAAGCUGGGUGAGGAGACGGAGCGUCUUCAGGAAAAUGCUAGCCCUGUCUCGAGGGAGGAUCUGAUGCGCACGGAGAGGAGAGUCGGGUGGAAUGUGAGACUCUCCAUGUGGAUUGUCGAGAAGGUUGGCGGUGCCUUCUAG